AUGAAGGAUAUAGAUCUGAAGUUGCCCACGCGCAAUGUCUUGACCGGCGCUGUAGUGAACUGGGAGGACGACGAGAUGGGUUUCGGUGAUAGUCCAAGUAACCUGACCUUGGCGUGGAAAGACCUUUCGGUUUAUAGGAAGAAGAAGACACAGACCAGUAUAUGGAGAUCCCCGGUUUACGAGGAGAUCAGAGUUUUACAUGGAGUCAAUGGAAUCGUGUCUUCAGGCAACUUGGUUGCCUUAAUGGGUUCUAGUGGUGCUGGCAAAACCACAUUGUUAGCAGCCAUAAGCAGAAGGGACAAGAGCGCUAUGACCGGCUACCUGAUGCUGAACGGCAGACUGGCUGGUGCUGACCUGAUAUCCAGGAUCUCUGGCUUUGUACCACAGGAGGACUUGGCUAUCGAAGACCUGACUGUAGAUGAACAUAUGACAUUUAUGGCUCGUAUGAUGAUGGACAAGAGGUCAACCAAGAUAGUUCGAGCGAGGCGCGUGCAGCAACUGCUCAGCGAGCUUGGAGUGAACAAUUGCACCAAAACUAAGCUGAAGGCUCUGUCAGGAGGAGAGAGGAAGAGAGUGUCUUUGGCUGUUCAGCUCCUAAACGACCCUCCAAUCCUCUUCUGCGAUGAACCAACAACAGGGUUAGAUAGUUGGGGAGCCGCUGCCGUAGUUUCACGCCUUAGGAAGCUGGCCAUUGGAGGAAAACUGGUCGUAUGUUCCGUGCACCAGCCAGCUUCUGGAGUAUUCGAGCUGUUCCACCAAGUCGUACUCUUGGCUAAUGGAAGAAUAGCUUUCCACGGCACCAUUGAACAGGCUGAUCAGUUCUUCGCAUCGCUAAACUUCAAAUGCCCUCUCGGUUUCAACGCAGCAGAGUACUACAUUUCUUUGCUGGGCAUUCAAGCAGACAAGGAAAUGGAGAGCCGGGAUAGAAUCCGACGCAUCUGUGAUGAAUACUCCAGAUCUGAUAUAGCUGCCGAGAUCGAUAGCAAAGUCGGACACGUUAAAGAUGAAACUGAAUACUUUAAUGGGGAAACUGAUGAGAAGGACCAAUAUUAUGAGCGAUAUGUAACUCUAGUCAAAGUGAAUUACUUCGUACAAUUCUACUGGUUGAUGUGGAGGAACAUACAGGCAUUAAAGCGUAACUACACUAUUUGGAUAGCUGAGUUCUUGUUGCUUAUGUUCGUAGGUCUGAUAAUCUCAGUUCCCUACAACGGCCACUUCGACGAGUUGGACCAGCGUGACAUCCAGAACGUGGAAGGUCUCCUCUACCUGACGAUCACAGAAACGAUAUUCCUCUUCAUAUACGCCGUGUUCAUUACAUUCCCGAGCGAGGUUCCUAUACUGCUGAGAGAGACAGCUAGUGGAUUGUAUGCACCGCUACCUUAUUAUUUGUCGAAGAUGAUAUUCUGGAUACCGCGAGCAGUAAUAGAACCGACUUUAUUCACGACGCUAAUAUUCUUGGUUGCUGGACUGCAUGGUGGGUUCAUGGGAUGGCUCGGUUUUAACUUCGUCUGUAUCCUGUGUGCCAACUACGCGAACGCUUAUGGCUCAUUCCUAUCGGCGACGUUCAACUCUAUGGAAACUGCUGCAUUGGUAUCUGUACCUUUCGACCUGAUUGGCACAAUGUUUUCUGGUCUAUACUUAAACUUAGCUAGCGUCACACCUUACUUGUCAUGGCUUAGAUUCGUAUCAGGGUUCUACUAUGGCGUUGAAAGCAUUUCGAUCCUCCAAUGGGAUUCUAUCGAGACCAUUGAGUGUGUAAAAAUCGAUGGUAUGCCUUGUAUAAAGACAGGACCAGAGGUUUUGAGAAGGUUCGGUUUUGCUGAGGAACAUUUUUGGCGUAAUUGUAUCUGUUUGUUUAGUAUGUACUGCAUAGCUCAUUUCAUUGCUUUCCUUAUGGUCAUGAAGAGGAGUAGAGGCACUCCUGUUUAUUAG